AUGGCGUCCGAGGCCGCGCCGCGGGUCGUGGACGAGUGCCGGGGCGUGCUGUUCGUGUACAGCGACGGCUCGGUGGUGCGGCGCGCGCAGCCGGGGUUCGCGACGCCGGUGCGGGACGACGGCACCGUGGAGUGGAAGGACGUGACGUUCGACGAGGCCCACGGGCUGGGGCUCCGCCUGUACCUUCCCCGGGAUCGCGGGAGCGGCGGGCGGAGGCUGCCGGUGUUCUUCUACUACCACGGCGGCGGGUUCUGCAUCGGGUCCCGCACCUGGCCCAACGUCCAGAACUACUGCCUCCGCCUGGCCUCCGACCUCGGCGCGUUCGUGGUGGCGCCGGACUACCGCCUCGCGCCCGAGCACCGGCUCCCCGCCGCGCUCGACGACGCCGCGGCGGCGGUCCUGUGGCUGGCCGCGCAGGCGAAGGAGGCCGGCGCCAACGGGCUGGCCCCCGUCACCGUCCGCGGGUACGUCCAGCUCAUGCCCUUCUUCGGCGGCGUGGAGCGCACGCUGUCGGAGGCCGAGUGCCCCGACGACGCCUUCCUCAACCGGCCCCUCAACGACCGCUACUGGCGCCUGUCGCUGCCGGAGGGCGCCACGGCCGACCACCCCGUGUCCAACCCGUUUGGCCCCGGCGCGCCCGCGCUGGACGCCGUCGAGUUCGCUCCAACCAUGGUCGUCGUCGGCGGCCGCGACAUCCUCCACGACCGCGCCGUGGACUACGCCGCGCGGCUCAAGGCUGCGGGGAAGCCCGUCGAGGUGCGGGAUUUCGACGGCCAGCAGCACGGCUUCUUCACCAUCGACCCGUGGUCCGACGCCUCCGCCGAGCUCAUGCGCGUCAUCAAGCGCUUCGUCGACACCGACGGCCGCUUCGACUGA